UGACCCCACAUGCUAUAGUAGCUAGAGAUCAAAAAAUGAUCACCACUGGGUCCAGGAGUCCAGCGGAGCAUUGCCAAUCUAGUCACCCUGAGAUGAGGCAACCAUAAACCACAACAAAGGAACAUUGAACAGAUAUCCAAAACAAUCCAUCCAUCCAAAUCCAUUCAUCUAAAUCCAUUCAUCACUCAUUCACUCGUCCGCUAAUUCCGCCAGACUUGGUCAAACUUCCAUGAAAAAAGGCCGAACCUAACCUUUGGUUGCUGAGGUCACCCCCCCGGGCCGGCUAUACGCACUCCCCGCGCAUCCGAAUCACCCAAGUCGGGGCCGGUUCAGACGGUUGGGACGGUUAAGGCUGGAGGAUGGAGUCGUUGCUCGAGCAACAACGUCGCUACCAUGAGGAACGCGAGCGUCUUUUGGACGCCAUGGUGGGCGAGACACUUAUCCUGCAAGCCGGUAAAGUCACACCCGCGCCCACUGCCACGGUGGCCGCCCAUUCAGCCUUGGCUCAAGGCCUGAGCGCGGCCGGUCUGGGCGGCGCCAGCGGCGGCAAUGCCAAUCACACGGCCUUGGGCGGCGGGGGUGGGCCUAGUGGCCAUCCGCAGAACGCCCGCCCGUUAACGCAUCGCGAGACGUUGAACGGCGAGCACCGGAUCCGCCUGAUGCUGGACCGCCAAUUGGAAUGUACCCGCCGUCUCAAGGAGAUCUACGAAGACAAAGACGGCCAACGCAAAGACGAGGUGGCCGCAUUGUCCGGCCCGCACGAGUUCCAGGAGUUCUACGCCCGCUUCAAACAAAUCAAAGAAUUCCACCGCUCGCAUCCGGGCCAGAUCUCCGUGCCCAUGUCGGUCGAGUUCGAGGAGUUGAAGCGGACCCGCGAACACGCCCUGGAGGACCCCAGCACCAAUGGCUGGAUCGAAUUCUCCGACGAAGAGGGCUACGGCAAGUUCCUGGACCUCCACCAGGUGUACGAGCUCUUUGUCAAUUUGAAGGGCGUCGAGCGCGUGGAUUACAUGACCUACGUGAUGCAAUUCGAUCGCUUGUUCGACAUCCCCAAGGAGCGCAAGGGCGCCCACUAUAAGGCCUAUUUGCACGCCUUGCUCGAUUACUGCCACGAUUAUGUGCGGCGGGCCAAACCUCUGUUGGACGUGCCGCGUGAAAUGGCCAGUGUUCGCCAAGAGUUCGAGGUGAAAUUCGCUCAGGGCGACUUUCCGGGUUGGUCGCCCGAACAACCCGCCGGCGGUGGCGCCUUGGCCACCUCCAGCGCCCAUCUCGAUCUCUCGGCCUUCUCCACCUGGCAGGAGUUGUGUCCUUUGGGCUUGAACCGUCUCAAGUCCGGCCUCAUGGCCUUGGGUCUGAAGUGCGGUGGCACGCUCGAGGAGCGCGCUCAGCGUCUCUUCGCCACCAAGGGCCAAACCCUGGACGCCAUCGACCCCAAGCUCAAGGUCAAAACCCAGCCCAAAGGCCAAGCCGCCGAGCGGGCCAAGGCGUUGAGCAAACAACGGGAAAUUGCGGCCCUCGAGGCCCAAGUGUAUCGCUUCGCCGAGUUGCUCUCGGAACAACGGGCGGCCACUCAGGAGAAUGUGGAACGCAAACAAGCCCGCACCGAUUUGGAGCGCGACGAGUCGGACGAGGAGUUGUCCGAAGAGGAGCUCGAGGAGGACAACGACGAGGAUGUCAUCUACAACCCCAAGAAGCUGCCCCUGGGUUGGGACGGCAAGCCCAUUCCGUAUUGGUUGUACAAACUCCACGGACUGAAUAUCACCUACAAUUGCGAGAUUUGCGGUAACUAUCCCUACAAAGGCCCCAAGGCCUUCCAACGGCAUUUCGCCGAGUGGCGCCACGCCCACGGCAUGCGCUGCUUGGGCAUUCCCAACACGGCGCACUUUGCUAAUGUCACGCAGAUCGAAGACGCCAUGUCGUUGUGGGAGAAGCUCAAGUCUCAGAAGCAGGACGAGGCCUGGAAACCCGAGCACGAAGAAGAGUUCGAGGACUCCCAAGGGAACGUGGUCAACAAGAAGAUUUACGAGGACCUCAAACGACAGGGACUUUUGUGAUGAUGAUCAAGUUCAUGUAAAUAAAUUGAGAAAAGCCAUUAGGGGCCUAGCAUUAA